CGCCGCCGCCGCCUUCUCCGCCUCCGCCUCGCCAUGCCGGUCGCUCUCAGCCCGGCGGCCGCUCCGGCCUUGCAGGAGGCGCUGGAGAAUGCGGGGCGCAUCAUCGACCGGCAGAUCCAAGAAGACCGCUGCUACCCGGACCUCUCCGAGCUGCUGGCGGUGCCGGCGCCCAGUAGCCCCACUGUUUCUGGGAUGUCAGAUAUGGAUUAUCCAUUACAAGGACCUGGCUUUCUUUCAAUUCCCAAUCUUCCAGAAAUAAGUUCAAUUCGGAGAGUUCCUCUGCCCCCUGAACUGGUUGAGCAAUUUGGACAUAUGCAAUGCAAUUGUAUGAUGGGAGUGUUUCCUGAAAUUAGCAGGGCCUGGCUGACCAUUGACAGUGACAUUUUUAUGUGGCAGUACGAAGAUGGUGGGGACCUCGCUUAUUUUGAUGGCCUUAGUGAAACCAUCCUUGCUGUGGGACUGGUGAAACCAAAAGCAGGAGUCUUUCAACCACAUAUACGGCACCUGCUCGUUUUGGCUACUCCUGUGGAUAUAGUCAUUCUAGGACUAAGCUAUGCAACCUUGCAAGGAGGUUCUGGAUCCCUCAAUGAUAGCAUGUCUGGUGGAAUGCAGCUUCUUCCAGACCCACUCUACUCACUGCCUACCGAUAACACCUAUCUGCUGACAAUAACUUCUUCUGAAAAUGGGCGCAUCUUCUUGGCUGGCAAAGAUGGUUGUUUGUAUGAAAUUGCUUACCAGGCUGAGGCUGGCUGGUUUAGCCAGCGUUGUAGGAAGAUCAAUCAUUCAAAGAGCACCCUUUCUUUCCUUGUUCCAUCAUUGCUCCAGUUCACAUUCUCAGAAGAUGAUCCCAUUGUUCAAAUUGCCAUUGACAACUCCCGAAACAUCUUAUACACACGCUCUGAAAAAGGUGUGAUACAGGUUUAUGAUUUAGGUCCAGAUGGUCAAGGGACGGUGAGGGUUGCUUCUGUUUCUCAGAAUGCUAUUGUGGCUGCAGCUGGAAAGAUUGCCAGAACCAUAGACCGUUCUGUGUUUAAGCCUAUCGUUCAGAUAGCAGUGAUUGAAAAUUCUGAAUCCAUUGAUUGCCAGUUAUUGGCAAUCACUCAUGCAGGUGUACGGAUGUAUUUUAGUACAUGCCCAUUCAAGCAUCCUUUUUCUCGUCCUUCAACAUUAACGUUGGUUCACAUCCGCCUGCCUCCAGGAUUUUCUGCUGCUUCUAAUGUGGAAAAGCCAUCAAAGGUGCACCAAGCUCUUUAUAGCAAAGGUGUUCUGCUAAUGGCUGCUUCAGAAAAUGAGGAUAAUGAUAUAUUGUGGUGUGUUAAUCAUGAUUCUUUUCCUUUCCAAAAGCCAAUGAUGGAAACACAGACAAAGACACAUGUGGAUGGACAUUCUUGGGCUCUUUCUGCGAUAGAUGAUCACAAAGCUCAGAAGAUAGUAACACCUUUGAAUAAAGAUCUAAUUCCCAUAACUGACUAUCCUGUAGUUGUACAACAGCAUAUGCUACCGCCAAAGAAAUUUGUUCUCCUUUCGGCACAGGGGAGUUUUAUGUUUCAUAAACUCAGACCAGUAGAUCAGCUGAGACAUCUUUUUGUAUGCAAUGCAGGAGGUGAUGGAGAAGAGAUUGAAAGAUUUUUCAAACUGCACCCGGAAGAGCAGGCUUGUGCUACUUGCCUAAUACUUGCCUGUUCUUCUGCUGCUUGUGAUAGAGAAGUAUCUGUUUGGGCCACUCGAGCAUUUUUCAGAUAUGGUGGUGAAACACAGAUGCGAUUUCCAUCCACCCUGCCGCCUCCAAGUAAUGUUGGGUACGCACUGGGAUCUCCUGUUCCACCUGGUUCUCCUAUGUCUGCUAGUAGCCCCUACCCUAAUCCAAGCUUUUUGGCAACACCAGCCCAAGGUUUGCAUCCUCCAACCAUGUCAACUCCAGUGUUCACUUCAAGCAGUCAUAUGUCUCAACCCAGUGCUUCUCUUAGUGGCAUAAUGUGCCCCGAGAUAGUGUUUUCUGGAAAGCACAAUGGUAUCUGCAUAUAUUUCUCUCGGAUCAUAGGAAACAUUUGGGAUGGAAGUAUAGUUGUGGAGAGAGUUUUCAAGAGUGGCAAUCGAGAAGUUGUAGCUGUUGAAAGCAGUGUUCCACCACAAGUGUUAGAAACUGUACUACAAGAAUUAAAAGGGCUGCAGGAAUUUUUGGAUAGGAAUUCACAAUUUGCAGCAAUAGGAUCCCUUAGAAAUCCCAGCUUUGCCACCUCAGCUAACUUGCAGCAGCGAUUACUCGGAUUCAUGCGGUCCGAUGGUGGAAGUUCUCAGCAACUGCAGCAAGAGCUCCAGAGAAAGUUUCAUGCGGAGGCACAAUUAGCAGAGAAGGCCUCCCUUCAAGGCAUCCAGCAACUUGUUCGGAAAACCUGCCAGGCUUUGGCACUGUGGAAACUUCUGUGUGAGCAUCAGUUCAACAUUGUCGUGGGUGAACUUCAGAAGGAGCUUCAGGAACACCUGAAGGUGACUACUUUCAGAGACUUGGUAAUUAGAGAUAGAGAGCUAACUGGAGCCCUUAUUGCAUCCCUCAUCAACUGUUACAUCAGAGACCAUGCUGCUGUUGAUGGGAUUAGUUCACAUUUACAAGACAUCUGCCCCCUGCUCUACAGCACAGAUGAUGCUAUCUGUUCCAAGGCAAAUGAACUACUUCAGCGAUCCCGACAAGUUCAGAACAAAUCUGAAAAAGAGAAGAUGCUAAGAGAGUCACUGAAAGAAUAUCAACAGAUUAGCACACAGGUAGAUCUUGCCAAUGUCUGUGCACAGUAUAGGCAAGUACGUUUCUAUGAGGGUGUGGUAGAACUUUCUCUCAUGGCUGCAGAGAAGAAAGAUCCCCAAGGUCUUGGACUCCAUUAUUACAAAAAUGGAGAACCAGAGGAAGAUGUUGUUGGAUGUCAGGCUUUCCAGGAAAGGCUAAACAGCUAUAAGUGCAUCACGGACACUCUCCAGGAGUUAGUCAAUCAAAGUAAAGCUGCUCCACAGUCUCCCAGCGUGCCCAAAAAACCUGGUCCUCCUGUCUUGACAUCAGAUCCCAAUAUGCUAAGCAAUGAAGAAGCAGGACAUCAUUUUGAGCAAAUGCUAAAAUUGGCCCAGCGUUCUACGGAUGAACUUUUUAGUAUUGCUCUUUACAGCUGGUUGGUCCAAGCCGAUCUGUCAGAUAAACUGCUGCAAAUAAACUCUCCCUUUCUGGAGCCAUAUUUGGCACGUAUGGCCAAAGUUGAUCAAAACAAAGUUCGCUAUAUGGAUCUUCUGUGGAGGUUUUUUGAGAAAAACGGAAGUUUUAGUAAUGCGGCCAGAGUACUUGCAAAAUUGGCAGACAUGCAUAGCACUGAGAUCUCACUUCAGCAGCGUCUUGAAUAUAUUGCGCGUGCCAUUUUGAGUGCUAAGAGUUCCACAGCCAUCUCACCAAUUGCUGCAGAUGGUGAAUUUUUGCAUGAAUUGGAAGAGAAAAUGGAAGUUGCAAGGAUUCAGUUUCAAAUACAGGAAGCAUUACUCCGUCAGUGUUCUCAUCAUUCCUCAGUACAAGAUGCCAUUUCCCAGCUGGAUUCCGAGUUGAUGGAAAUUAGCAAGCUUUAUGGGGAAUUUGCUGAUCCAUUCAAACUCUCAGAAUGUAAACUGGCUAUUAUUCAUUGCGCUGGUCAUUCGGAUCCUAUCUUAGUGCAGACACUUUGGCAAGAAAUAAUUGAUAAAGCGCUGAGUGACAGUGUGACUAUGAGUGCUCCUGACAGAAUGCAGGCUCUUAGCCUGAAGAUGGUAAUGCUUGGCAAAAUCUACGCUGGGACACCUCGCUAUUUUCCAUUAGAUUUCUUAGUGCAGUAUCUAGAACAACAAGUUUGUUCUUUGAACUGGGAUGUGGGUUUUGUAACUUACACAAUGCAAGAAAUUGGUGUGCCGCUACCAAGACUUCUUGAAGUAUAUGAUCACCUAUUCAAAGCACGGGAUCCAUACUGGAGUAAAAUGAAGAAGCCUUUGCACCUUUUGGAAUGCAUCCAUGUGUUAUUAUCAGCAUUUGUGCAAGAGCCUAACAAAAUUCUUGCCUUUGAAAGGCGGCGAUUCACAAAUAUUUGCUUGGAUGCUGUUAGCUGUUACCUUGUUGAACUGCAGUCCAUAAGUCCAACACUAGCUGUACAGACAAUUACAGGGAACUUUAAAUCUCUACAGGCUAAAUUAGAACGGCUUCAUUGAGUGAUGCACAACUAUUUCUUCAGGUGGAAUGAACUGUCACUGCACUGGAAUCUGAAAAGCCAAAUGCUUAUUAAAGCAUUAAAACAAGCUGUGGAGCUUAUCAUACUUCUGUGUUGUCUGUUCUUAACUAACCUCACAUAGAAUGCAGAAUGGCAGGUUGUUUCUCUUCUUUUUUUACUACUAAAUUUUUCUAGCAGUGAAACAGUUUUAUAUGCUUUGGAUUAAAAUGCAUUGUAUAAUCUUGCCCUGGCAAUUAAAAUUAUUUUAAAAAUGGG